GGAGCUCGCGCGCUCCCUCCCACGCUCCCGGCCGGCUCGCAGUGCAGCCGGGGACAGCUGGCGGCGCGGGACGGACAAAGCGGAUCAGCGCGGGGGCGGUGGCCCGCGCCAGGGCCCGGAGGUCGCCUCCGCGAGGGACUCUGCCGCCCCCUCCUUAGGACCCGGCGGACACCUCGUCCGCUUCCACGCCCUCCCCUCCAACCCACCCACCCUUUAAGAAGAGGGCUGCCCUCGACCCCCUUCCCAGGGCCAGCAGACCCGCCUCCAAGCCGGCCUCGGCAAGGGCCCCUGGAAGAGCCGCGGUCCGGCGUCGAGACCCGCCCUCCUCGGCGUCCCGCGCCACCCCAGUGCAGCGCCCCCGGUCCCCGGGACCCCGUCACCUCGGCGCGCGCGGGCGGCCGGCCGAGCCCAGAAAAUGGCGAGGAGGAGUCGCCACCGUCUCCUCCUGCUGCUCCUGCGCUACCUGGUGGUCGCCCUGGGCUAUCAUAAGUCCUUUGGAUUAUCUGCCCCAAAAGGCCAUCAAGUGGUCACAGCAGUAGAAUACCAAGAGGCUAUUUUAGCUUGUAAAAAUCCAAAGAAGCCUAUUUCCUCUCGAUUAGAGUGGAAGAAACUGGGGCGAAGUGUCUCCUUCGUCUACUAUCAACAGGCUUUCCAAGGUGAUUUUAAGGAUCGAGCUGAAAUGAUAGAUUUCAAUAUACGGAUCAAAAAUGUCACAAGACACGAUGCUGGGAAAUACCGUUGUGAAGUGAGUGCCCCAUCUGAGCAAGGUCAAAUCCUGGCAGAGGACACAAUCACUCUGGAAGUACUAGUGGCUCCAGCAGUUCCAUCCUGUGAAAUACCCUCUUUUGCUGUGAGCGGAACCGUGGUUGAGCUGCGAUGUCAAGAUAAGGAAGGUAAUCCAGCUCCUGAAUAUGUAUGGUUUAAGGACGGCAACCGUUUGCUAGAGAAUCCAAAUGCCCGAAGCACCAACAGCUCUUACACAAUGAAUACAAAAUCUGGAACUCUGAAAUUUAACACAGUGUCCAAGCUGGACAGUGGAGAAUAUUCCUGUGAAGCCCAUAACUCUGUUGGAUAUCGCAGGUGCCCCCAGAAACUAAUGCAAGUAGAUGACCUCAGCCUCGGUGGCAUCGUAGCGGCUGUAGUAGCUGUGGUCUUAGUGAUUUGUGCAUGUGGUCUCGGUGUGUGCUAUGCUCAGAGAAAAGGCUACUUUUCAAAAGAAACUUCCUUUCAGAAAGGGACUGCUACAUCAAAUGUAACUACAGUGAGUGAAAAUGACUUCAAGCACACAAAAUCCUUUAUAAUUUAAGAAUUCCACUUUUGAGAUACAGCAAAACUACGGCUGUUACCCAGGUUAUUAAAGUAUUAUAAAAUUCUGUGUUAUCUUACAUUUGGGAAGAUGUACAUGAGAAAAUCCAAUUGGUAUUUUAUUGUAAGUUUUAUUUAACUAACCAGAAAUUAUUUCAACAGUUCUGUCAUCAUCUAAAAUACAAUCUGGGUUCUUGUGUCUGGAUUAAAAAAUCAAAAUACUAAGUAAUAUGGGAUUUAUGAAAUAUUAACCGUUAACUUCUGAAGACAGUACUGUCGCAUACUGAUUCUGAAGUUAGUCCACAAAUUAUGACUUCACAAUCCUCUAUGCAAGUCUGAUUUAGGAGCCUUCAGAAAACACUCUGACAUGCAAAAGGAAGCCUGUCUCGUUUCUACAGAAUCUUUGUCCCUCCAAAUAUAAUCCUUAAGCUGUUGCUCAUGAUCACAAAUGUAUCCACAGAAGGGAGGCAGUGGAGUUGGAUUUGCAUUUCCUACUUAAUUUUAUUUCUAAGAACCAGGAACAAGAGAAAUAGCUGAUGACCAGACCUCACACACACCGUCUCCCGAUGACAUAAUUCUGAGCCUCAAACACAAACCUAUGUGACUUACUCUGCUCUUUCCCCUUCCCCCAGAAGCUCUCAGAAGGGAAUCAAGGAACUCAGCGUCAGAACUUGCUGCUAGAGCCUGCCUGCUUUUGCAGAUACUGUUCUCUGUUGAGUGUUUACUUCACAAUUCUCUGUCCUUAAAAACCAGGCAGUGAAGUUCUGGGCCAGGCUAAGUUCUUCAUGGUUAUGGUCAGGGGGCUGCUAGUCCUUCUUAUGGCAAGGAAUAUGGAGGGGAGAAAUGUGAAUGAACUCACUGUGCAACUCCUUACAGCUGGAACCCCGCUUGAUGCCAAGAAGGCACGUGAGAAAUCAUGCCUUAAAUUAAAAAGGGCGGGGGGCGGGGUGGAGAGGGGCAUAGCAUGUGUUUUCUGAAUUGAGUAAAAAGGCCUCUGGCUCACGUUACAGUGAAUUCCAAUGGUUCCUUUAAUGAUAAAAAAUAAGACAGGCUGUUUAAAAAGCAUUGAAACAAAAUACCUAAGGUUCAUCCUGUUCUAGGCAAAUCUGGAUGCAAAGAUCGCUUAGUACCUUUGACAGUAUUCAGAAUAGUUAAUUUGGUAUCAAACGAAUUUUUUACCCAGUAGGUAAAGCAGAUGCUCAGGAUUCCUGGAAAAAACUAACACCUUGUGUGCGCCUAGGCACCAGGUCCCUGGGAAGAUGCCUGUAUGUGUGGCAUUCACUGCUACUCACAAGACUUUCCUGGAAGCCUGGUUUCUGUAAUACGGCUCUCUCCCCAAAGUCAAAUUGUCACUGUAUUAGUUACAGGUCAGCAGACACUUUCUGUAAAGCACAUUUUAAGCCAUAUGGUUCCUGGAACUACUGGAGCUUGCCAUUGCAAAAGCAGCCCCAGACAAGAAAGCACAUGUACAUGUCUGUUUUCCAAUAAAACUUUAUUCACAGAAACAGGCACAGUCAAGAUAUAGCUCACAGGCAGUUUCUCAACCCUUGGUGGCAAAUGACAUGAAAUACACCUAUUAAUCGGGCGUGGUGGCACACGCCUGUAAUCACAGCACUCAGGACACUGCGGAAGAAGGAUCACUUUAAGAAUUUCAGGCCAGCCUGGGCUACAGAGUGAGUUCGAGGCCAGCCUAAACUGCACAGCAAGACUGUCUCAAAAAAAAAAAAAUCUUAUUUAUAAGCUUUUGUAAAAAUCUGGCUAAAUGUUGCCUAUGGUUUAACUGAGAGAUUUUGCUCUAAGGAAUGUUUGCUUGCUUUGUCAAGUACCAAGGGAAUGAAGAUAAAGAUUCUAGGAUGCCUCCUCCGGCAUACAUAAAUCACAUGUGAUCAACUACUUCAAUUUAAAUCACAGGAAUCUGUAUUUCUAGAGAAAAAUGAUGUGGUGCCUUAAUUUUACUAAUAGCGUCUUCUAAAGACAUCAAAGUCUAGAGGCUUUAUUUUAUGCAAUGUAAACAUCUAAUGCUGUUUUUGUGCCAGCUAUAUAUCAUGUAUCAUCUUAAAAUUCUGUAUACACCUAAGUAAAAAAAUCAUUUGUAAAGAAUGCCUUCUAUACAAAGGACACAGUAUGAACGCUGUUCUAAUUAUUACAAGUAUACCUAUCUGUGGGUUACUGGUAUCCAGAUUUGUUUCCAUUUGCUUUUUUUAUUUGAAACACUUGAAUACUAACAACUGGUAAAAUCCCACUGUAAUUCUUUGAGCAUUUUCAUUUCAUUUCAUUUUCCUGCAGUGAAAUUGUGUUGUACAAAGAUUAAGGCUCAACAAUCUUUAAUAACAAGUUUUGUUUUAUUUUAAUAUUGUUGCUGUUUGUAACCUGAUUCAAUUUAUUUUUAGUUAGGAUUUUAAUCUAACUAAAUCUGGAAUGACUGUUUUUCAAUAUAACUUCAUGGAGAACUUCCUUCAUCCAACGGUUGGCUUUGUUUGAUUAAAAUUUACACUAAUAAAAAUAGCUCAACUGGUUAAAA